GCAGAUCCGCCUGUGUGGGAAGGGAAAAGACGGGACUCUCGGGUUUAGUGAUCACCUCUCCGAGGGAAGUCACUGAGCUCUCCGUGGGGGUCUGCCGUGACUAACGAGAGUAAGUCACCGAACAUAGAAGAAUACCCUCACCGACUUUUCAGCUGCUGGCCUCUGUCCUCCUUUUGAGGCUCUCCACUGUGACACCAUGGAUAUUGGUGGCCUUACAACAGUGGUGGCCAACUCGGCUUACAUCUCUGCCCGUGGGAGCUUUGAUGGCACUGCCAAUCCUGCAGCCAACCGAGACAAGAAGUACCACUCCCGCCUGAAGCUGCCCCACAUCACCGUGUGUGAAGGCCUGCGGGAGACUCUGGACCUCGGCUUCCAGACCGUCUGUGUGGAUCAGCCCAUCGGAAAACGCCUUUUCCAGGAGUUCUUGGACUCCAACAACGAGUAUAAGGGCCCGUGUCGUCUGUGGAAGGAUAUCGAGGAGUACAACCUAGCUGAGGAUGACGAGCGAGUCAAGAAAGCGAGCAAGAUCUUGUCUCGGUACAUGGAACCUGAUGCAAAGCACUACUGCCCCUUUCUGCCAGAAAAUGGCAUCACAAAGGUCAAAGAGAAACACCAGGAGGCCGGGGACGAGCUUUUCAAGGAGACGCUGGAAAGCGUGAUGGACUUCCUGAAGGAAGUGCCCUACACUUUCUUCCUGGAGAGUAUGUUUCUGAAGAGGUUCCUGCAGUGGAAGUGGCUGGAAAAGCAACCCGUAGGGGACGACUGGUUCCUGGACUUUCGUGUACUGGGUAAAGGAGGUUUUGGGGAAGUGUCCGCCUGUCAGAUGAAAGCCACGGGAAAACUGUACGCCUGCAAAAAGCUCAACAAGAAGAGACUGAAGAAGAGAAAAGGUUAUGAGGGGGCGAUGGUGGAGAAAAGGAUCCUGGCUCGGGUUCACAGCAGGUUCAUUGUCUCUUUGGCCUACGCAUUCCAGUCAAAAACAGAGCUCUGUCUGGUCAUGACCAUCAUGAAUGGAGGAGACCUAAGGUAUCACAUCUACAAUGUGGAUGAGAACAACCCAGGCUUCGAUGAGCCACGGGCCUGUUACUACGCUGCACAGAUCAUCCAGGGCAUGGAGCACCUGCAUCAAAAGAAAAUCAUCUACAGGGACCUCAAACCAGAGAACGUGCUGCUGGACAACGAGGGCAACGUGCGUAUCUCUGACCUCGGUCUGGCUGUGGAGCUGGCAGACGAUCAGUUCAAGAUCAAGGGCUACGCCGGGACCCCAGGUUUCAUGGCUCCAGAGCUGCUGAAAGGAGAAGAGUAUGACUACUCUGUGGAUUAUUUCACUCUGGGGGUCACCCUCUAUGAGUUUCUGGCUGCGAAGGGGCCUUUCAGGACCCGAGGAGAGAAGGUGGAAAACAAGGUGGUGAAGAAGAGGAUUCUGAAUGAUCCUGUAACUUACCCGGAACAGUUCAGUGAAAACGCCCGGUCCAUCUGCGAGGGUCUGCUGCACAAGGAGGUCGACAAGAGGCUCGGCUUCAAGGACGGGACGUGUGAUGAGCUGAGGGCGCACCCCUUCUUCAGCCAGAUCAACUGGAGGAAACUGGACGCAGGGAUCCUGACGCCCCCUUUUGUGCCAGACUCAAAGACAGUGUAUGCAAAAGACAUGGAUAACAUCGGGGCCUUCUCCACAGUGAAAGGCGUGCAGCUGGAAGACAUGGACAAGGGCUUUUUUGAUGAGUUCGCCUCCGGGAACAUCUCCAUCCCCUGGCAGGAGGAGAUGAUUGAGACCGGGAUAUAUGGCGAGCUCACGGUCUGGGGCGCAGGUGGCACUUUACCCAACGACCUGCGGCGGGAAUCCAUCCUGGAGCAGCCACCGAAGUCCUCCACCUGCACGCUGUCGUGAGCGUUGAGGAGAAACACGAGCUGUUCACACCAGCUUUCACACGAACUCUCUUUUGUUGAGCACUUUUCAUGAGGGUCUGCAUGGGUUGGAUUCAGAUUUGAAGAUUUAACAUUUGGAUUCUGUUAAAUGGCCUAGCAGUUGUAUGACAUGAGACAUUUACAGUGACGUGGUAAUGUUUCUGCGCAACUUUUCUGCAGUGCUAGCCAAAGCUUGAUAGCUGAACUAUUAAAAGUAUCAUCGUCUAACAAAUCCUUAUUACUUGACCCAAUUAUUUGACCCGCUUUUUCCAGAUUUUUCUUCAACAUUAACCUAAAACCUUGUAAAAUAGAUUCUAGUGUGUAAAUAUUGAUAAUGUAACAUCCACAGACUUACACUUAUUAGUGUCAUUAAUAAAUAAUAAUUUAGUUUUUUGUAUUGGAAUAGUUUCAAUACCUCAGAAGUGUAAACAAUCAUGUUUACUACUGCAAAUAUGUUUUG